UAAGAGAUUUUUUGUGAAAGUUUCGAUAAGUGGUUGUUGAAUUUGUUUUCCAUUUUUUCCUCUAAUUUGGUUACAAAACUGGUACACACUCGAUUUAUUAGUUUUUCAAUAAACUCAUCGUCCGACUUGCUGCCGCUUCUGGUUCCACCAGCCAUAUUAAAAACACUACUAGCUGCGACUUUAUCCACAGGAAGGACUAUAAAUACCGUGGCACUGAUCAACAAUGGGAUCGAACUGAUUAAAAACUAAAUAACUAAAUAUUUAGUGACACAAUCUUGAAAAUGCUCAAAUCUCCAAUAUCAAUACUACAAGAACUAGCAUCCAAAGACCAUGUAGGCGCGCCUCUGUAUGAAGCAUGUGGUUCUGGUCCAGACCACAUGAAGAGUUUCGAAUGUACCUGCACAUUCAAUGGUCGAACCGCCAUGGGAAAGGGAUUAACGAAAAAAGAUGCAAAACACGAUGCAGCCAAUAACAUGUUGAAAGCUUGUGGAGUUCAAAUGGACAACAAUGAAGCGUUGCCCAACAUUUGCCUUGUACCAUCAAAAACUAAAUCGGCCAUACCAAUCAACUACGUGGGCAGAUUGAAUGAGUUUUGCUCUGGAAACAGAUAUUGUCCAGCUGUAUAUACAGAAAAUCCAAUAAUCACCAAUAAUCAAUUUGGAUUAAUAUGCACAUUCCAAGAAUUCAGUACAAAUGGCUAUGGAUCAACUAAGAAAGAUGCCAAACAGGAGGCUGCUAAGAAUAUGCUCUUAUUAAUAAAAGAAAAAGAUAUUGGUCCCAAGUCUAUGGUGGAGGAUCUAAAAGACACACAACAUAAUGAUGAAGGAGUGAAACAAGCGUUGAAAGUUUAUACGGGCCUAAUGGCAAAUUUGUCUAUCAAUGAGAAUAUUUCCACAACAACUGCUGAUAUUGAUGUGGGGGUACCCGAAGGAACUCCAGAAGAAGAAUUUCUCAAAAUAUCCAAUUGGACUGAGCUAGUAGCCUAUAUGAAGAAAAAAGGAUGGAAGCAUCAAGUAGUCAUCUUCAACCGCCAGCCCUUGAUGCUCACACUAAGACUCAACGAAUUCACUUUAAUUAAUUCCGGAGAAACACAAGACGAAAUUCGCGAAAAAUUUGUCACCGAAGUUAAACUGAUGGUACAAACAGGAUUUGAUUUUAGUGCGCCGAUAUUUGAAUCAUGAUGGUUCUACAUACUUCACAAUCUAGUAAUCAAACUCCAAAAGUACUGAUUUUCACCAACACAAAAUUGUGGUAAACUAGUUAUAGGUAAAAUUACAUACCUACAUAACACAUUGUUCAUAUAUUUUUUGUUAAUUGUUUUAUUUUUGUCACCCUGAUUUACGUAGCCUGUGCAUUAUAGAUUUUCCAUUCCGCCGGAGGAUGACUAGACAUAGGUAGUCUUUCCUAAGUUAGUUGAAACAAGGUAAAGGUAAAUCACAACUGGUGACUGAAUAUUUUCAUAAGAAAUGCACUGCCACUAGUCAGCCACCAGACUUUGGAAAUGUCUGUUUCUGCAGAAAUCGCAAACCAGUCAGAGUGAAUUUCAUUGAUUGAAACUAGUUUUCUGACUGUUUCUGACUGUUUUCAACCAAUGAAAUUCGCUCUGACUGGUUUGUGAUUUCUGCAGAACCAGACCUUAUACCUAUCCACCUGCAAGCUAAUGCAUGACCUACGCAAAUCACCCUGGAAUGAAGUCCAAAAGUUACUGUGGAAAUACUAUAGACAUAAGCGAUGUUUCCAAUGUAAAACAACAAUGUUAUUUUACUGUUUUUGUUAUUACCUGUAUGCUUUUAUUCACCUGUUUUUUUUGUUGUAAGUAUUUAUGUUUCUCAAAUAUUAUAUCCUUUUAGCCUAAAAGACCAAAGAAAGAGGCACGAUUAACAUUGAAAAUAGGCCCCCGUAAAUUUCAACCAAACUUCAAUAUUUUAAAGGUAUCAUCAACGUAAAAUAAAAUUUGAAAUGUAAAAAGGAUCGUAUCUCAGUGAUAGCAAAUAUAGCUUGUCAAAGUACGAGGUCCUACGUACUUUGACAAGUUAUAUCUGCUAUCACAGACAUAUGAUCCUCUUUAAGUUUCAAUUUUUUUUUUGGCAAUGAUGAUACUUUAAAAUAUUGAAAUUUGGUUGAAAUUUACGGGAGCCUAUUUUCAAUGUUAAUCGUGCCUUUUUCUUUAUCCCAUUUAUAUUGAGCGAGUACAGGAUCACUUCUGUGCUGGCAUUUGUUCCUUUCUGGUUUCAUUAAGUUGCAUUUCAAUCUUGUCGGGUGUAGGUGUGAAAAAUUAUCUUUUGAAAUACUUAUGUAGUUGUUGUCAGUGCAACACAAGCAAUCAUUACCAAAUCGGAGAACAAACUUGUUAUAACAGCCAUAAUAUUAUAGAUGUGGACCCAAAUAGCAAGUGGUAUCAUCUUUUUGAAGUCCUACAAAGACAAUGUUAACCUUUUUUCAAAGUCUUCUUCGAUGAAGCUGUUAGAUUUGAAAACUUUUAGAUCACAUACAGUUAAGUUUUGCUAACUGUCAACGUUUUAAUCACUCCCAUUCAAUUGGAAGCGUCAUAAGCUUUAACGAAUAGGUACUUCAAAAGAUAUCACUUUCGAAAUCCACACCAAAAUUUAAUAAUCAGACAUUAAGGAAUUUUUUUUUUUAAAUAUAAAUUAUUGUAUUUAUUAUGAAGCAUUUUGAAUGUUGUCAAUUAUUAUAAGUAGGUAAUUAUUGUAGUCAAAUUGAGAAUUUUUUGUUAUUGGAAAUAAAUGUCUAUUUUUU